AUGAGUGCUCAAAAGUGUGUUGUAGAAGGCUGUAAUCUCGAAUACGAUGUGGUUUGCAGCUUUUCCUUUUACAAUGUGAACACAUCAGCAGACUGCGAUGACAAAAGACAAAAUUGGAUCGAAGGUGCUAUGCAUGAGGAGAGCGAGUGCCUCUGGAGACAUGUUAGCCUGCAAUUAUGCGGGUACCACUUCGAACUCGACGCCCAAGGGCUCUGGAUCGAUUCCCCGAUGCUCCCCGAACUCCUCACUCCUCAGGAGACGGCGGCGCCAAUGCAACAGACUGCUGCUGAUAAAAAAGUGGCCGACAUCGUCCGCAUGGACCACAACUACAGCGCGGAGCCGGUGCGGGAGACGCACGAGAACGUGUCGCGGCUCAACGUGCGGCAGCUCGUCGACACACUCGGAUACUUGUCACUGAAGAAAUUGCAAAAGAAACAACUGUGGGUGGUGAAAGUGGAAACGGACAAAGCAGAGGCUUCCAUCACUCAGUCCGAGCAGGUUAUCACCAAGAUGCCUGACCCCAAACAGAUUAUUGAGAUCGUGCCCCAAACAUCUACAUCAGAAACUCUGGAAAAUCAAAAUGAAGUUCUACACAUAAUGGAAGAUGGCAAUAUAUCAGACAAUUUUAUAUAUGAGAUAGCAGAAGAACAAGAAAUUACUAUGGAGGAGGUUAAAGAGAUACCCGGAACGAACAGAGAGUGGACUGUCAACAUACUGCCGGACGAUUCGAAACCAAAAUAUGCAUAUAUAAAGCAUUGUAACACUGGCAAGAAAAAACGACAUUUUACAGCAGAAAUGAAUGAAAUAACACUACAAGGGGAUUAUGAGAAUUAUUAUAUUCUGCCGGACGUUGAUCCUUCGGUGGGAGUGGAAAUUACUACAAGCUAUGAACCAGAAAACUUUAUAGUGGAGGAGUACCCACAUCUAGUGUUAGAGGAGAGACCAAGAAAGAGAUCAAGGGACUCGGAUCCAGCGAAGAAGAGAAAAAAGAAGAUGUCACCGAGCGUUCGGGAGAUAAAAGUGAAGCAAGAAAUCAAGUCGGAGCUGGAAGAAGACUGGGUUAUCGAUAACAGUGUAUACGAUCAAGACACGUCAGAAGAUUAUGAUGAUAAAAAAGCUGCGAGAGUCAGAAGAAAAAAUAAAAAAUAUCUAGGAUAUGAUUUUGUCACG